UCUAUUGCAGUUCCCACCCUUUUUAAAAAAAUUAGCACUGUUAAUUCUAGUUUAAAAUAAAUUGUUAGUAUAUCAGCUGAAACUUAUCACUUUCUUGUCAAUUUCACUGAUAAAAUUUGAAAUGUUUGGAUAGUAAGAAUGAAUACAUAUAAUUCAUUAUCCAUAUUACUUGCUUAAGAAAAUUAAUAUGAAUAGUUUUGCUCACAAUUUUAAGAAUGAAUAUAAAGACAAUGAAAGUUGUCGUUCAAACAUCAAAGCUUACUAGAAGAUUUAUGCGAACUACUCCUAUUAGAACUAUAAUUUUUUUUCAAGGUUUUCAACUUCAUUCUGUAAAAGAAAUUAAAUGUAAUAGUUGUCAUAUUGAAAACUAUAUUCAAUUUUUUAAUAGAAAAGAAAAUAUUCAUUUCAUUAUCAAACGAUUUUUAAAUGUUAGUAAAUAUAGUUUUUCUAAAAAUUAUUAUGAAGUUCUUGGUAUUCCCAAAACUGCUAGUCAAAAAGAAAUAAAAAAUGCCUACUAUAAAUUAGCUAUGAUUCAUCAUCCUGAUAAAAAUGGUGGUAUUUCUACAGCAAAGUUCAGGGAAAUUAAAGAAGCGUAUGAUUUUCUGAGUGUUGAAUCCAACCGAAUGAAGUAUAAUAAUGAUUUCCAUAACUAUACAAAUCCUUCCAACAGUUAUUCAAAUUCUUCAAGCAAUUGGAAUACUAACUCUUCAACUGGCCGAUAUACGUCAAGUGGUUUUAAAAAAAAAUCUAGUUUUUAUGAUUACAAUUAUAGUUAUAACUAUAAAAAUUUAAAACCUUAUAAUGUUUACAUAAAUAUAAUUAUAGUCCCUAAACGUGUUAUUAAAACUCAAGUUGACAUAAUGCUUUUAACUUUUGUUAGAAAUCGUAUACUUAAAUCAAUCCUUUUCUUUAUUUUUGAAACAUUAUGGAAUCAAGUUCUAAAAAAUAUCAAUUUUAACAUAUUAAUACCCAAUAAUAUCGAUGACAAUAUUUUUGUAUCUUUUCUUAGUAAUUUAUUAGGUUAUGAGAAGGUUUGUAUUAAUUUAACUGAAUCUGAAGCAAUUAUGGGUAAAGCUGUUAGAAUCAAGGUACGUGAAGAUCAACAAGUAUUAGUAGUUAGCAUCCCAAAAAAUGUUAGAAAAGACCAGUCAUUUAUUUUAUUUUGUCUAAACGAUGAAAUUAAAAAUACAGAAUUUAAAACUUAAAAAUUUCAUGUUUAUAUUUUGUUAAUAAAAUUUUGUUGUUUUAUGA